AUGUCUCGUUCGUUUUUAGUAGAUACUCUGAUAAGUGAUACAAAAGACUGCAAGAAAAAUGAAAUAUCAAGUGCGCCCACAAAUCCAUAUUUACCGUUCCUGGGCCUUCAUCUGGAUCCACGAACAAAACUUCUGCCUUACCCGUAUCCUGGAGACUUGAACCGACUUUUCAACAUCAGCCAAUACCAACAACGACCACCUGAUUUAUUUAGACCGUUUUUAGAACAACUUAAUUGCCAAUACCCUUUUGUUCAUCAGUUACCUCGUCAAGAUUUCAAUGAGACUCCACUUGAGACGAAACCAUUCCAAACCUACUCCAAAAUCGAAGAACAAGAACCUAUUGACUUUGUUACCAAGAGAAAGAAAUCUGUGUCUCCGUAUUUGUAUCAUCCUUACAGCAGUACUACUUCUUCACCACCGUCGAAGAGACAAGAACUCAGAUCUCCUUCUUUAUCUAGUGAAAGUAGAAAUGAAACCCCAAGUCCCCCAGCUGGUAACCCAGAAGAAUUCCUACCCGGUUAUACUAAAGAUGUAAAAAGAGAACCUUUAAAAGAAGACUCAAGUAAAAGAAUCAGGACAGCGUUCACUGGCACCCAACUGCUGGAAUUAGAAAGAGAAUUUUGCAUGAACAUGUACCUUUCGAGACUUCGGAGAAUUGAAAUUGCAUCUAGACUGAAAUUAUCUGAGAAACAAGUGAAAAUUUGGUUCCAAAAUCGCCGUGUCAAGCUGAAGAAAGAAGAGCCAUCUAUGUCUUCAACAUCUGGAUCACGAAAGUGUUGUUGUGCUAAGAGUUGUUGUUCGUCUAACAAUCAAGAUUCUUGUGAUCAAGAACAAAUUGAUGUAGGUAGUGAUAAUGACGUGAAUUUUAAAACUCAAAACCUUUCUCAAUAUUCCUGA